UAAAAAAAGUACAAACAAUUCAGUUGUAAGCCUAAUAAACAUGUAAAAUUUACAAAUCACAGUAGAUUCAACAUUUUGUCUCAAAGUCAAAGAGUAAAUGACAAUUAACCACAUGUGUUAAAGUUAAACCUUAAAAGGAUGAUUUAUUUUUCGAGAAAGUAAAGUUAGUUCUCUAGAAGAAUGGAAAUAAUGACAGAAAGAAGACUGAAAGAUGGAAAAGUAUUCUCAUGUGAAGCAGAUUGGUAAAGGAAGUUAUGGAGAAGUUUGGCUUGUUAGGCAUUGCACAUCCUCCAAACAGUGUGUGUUGAAACAAAUCAAUAUUCAACAUGCCUCUAAGAGAGAGAGAUGUGCAGCUCUUCUGGAAGUUCAACUUCUGGCCACUUUGAAACAUCCUAAUAUUGUAUCCUACCUUAACUCCUUCCAGUCACCGGAUGGGAUCUUGAACAUCAUCAUGGGCUACUGUGAGGGAGGGGACUUGUACAGUCUUAUUCGCAAAAGAAAAGGAUCACUAUUUGAUGAGUCCCAGGUUGCACAGUGGUCUAUUCAAAUCUGCAUGGCUUUACAGUAUCUUCACGAUCACAAAAUUCUUCACCGAGAUUUGAAGACACAGAACAUCUUUCUGACAAAAAAUAAAGUGAUAAAAGUGGGAGACCUCGGAAUUGCCAGAGUACUUGAUGGUACACUAGAUAUGGCAACCACUUUAAUUGGGACACCUUACUAUAUGAGUCCUGAGUUGUUUUCUAAUAAACCAUAUAAUCACAAGUCAGAUGUUUGGUCAUUAGGCUGCUGUUUGUAUGAAAUGGCAACCCUUAGACACGCCUUUAAUGCUCAAAACUUGAAUUCCCUGAUGUACAAAGUAUUGCAAGGAAAGUUGCCUCCAAUGCCAAAACAUUACAGCCUAGAACUUCAAGCAUUAAUUAAAUCCAUGUUAAGCUGUUGUCCUGAACAUAGACCUAGCAUUAGGCAGAUACUGGAGAAUGAAUAUAUUCAUAAACAUAUGGAAAUAUUUCUGGAAGAAACUAAGAGCAGGAGCAAAGGUUCUAAAAAAAUAACUAAUGCUUCAGAGAGCAAGAUCUGUGAUGAUUUUAAAAAUCAGAAUAGUGUGUCGCAUGAAAAAGUGGGCGAUGAUAAAGCUUUCAGUUUUGUGAAUCCAAAUAAAACAGGUAAAAAAACACUGUCUAUUAAGCAGUGUGAAGAAAAGUCAUGUGUAGUAAAAGUGUGUAGUACUUAUACCGUUGAAAGUAGUUCUCAUUUGGGGUCAUCCACUCAAAACCAUUGUGUUGAAAAAACUAAUUUAAUGAAAUCUUUAGCUUCCACAAUGCAUGAAAACAGAACAGAAACUACUAGCUUAGAAAAAGUAACCUGUGAAAAUAGAACAGAAACUUGUGACUUAGAAAAAGUAACCUGUGAAAAUAGAACAGAAACUUCUGGCUUAGAAAACGUAACCUGUGAAAAUAGAACAGAAACUUGUGGCUUAGAAAACGAAACCUGUGAAAAUAGGACAGAAACUUGUGGCUUAGAAAACGUAACCUGUGAAAAUAGGACAGGAACUUGUGGCAUAGAAAAAGUAACCUGUGAAAAUAGAACCGAAACCUGUGGCUUAGAAAACGUAACCUGUGAAAAUAGGACAGGAACUUGUGGCUUAGAAAACGUAACCUGUGAAAAUAGGACAGGAACUUGUGGCUUAGAAAACGUAACCUGUGAAAAUAGGACAGGAACUUGUGGCAUAGAAAAAGGAACCUGUGAAAAUAGAACAGAAACCUGUGGCAUAGAAAAAGUGACCUGUGAAAAUAGAACAGAAACUUGUGGCUUAGAAGAAGUAACCUGUGAAAAUAGGACAGAAACUCAUGGUUUAGGAAAAGUAACUUAUGAAAGUGAAGACAAAAAAUGUGAGUCAAAUUUAUAUAAAGAGUCAGAUAAAAUUAUAGAAAAUUCAAGUGCAUUUGUAAGAUGUAAACAAGAAAAAGAUUAUGUUCAUGCUGACUUAAGAGAUAAUGUGAACACUAGAGAAUUGUGUGUAAGAAGACAGGAAACACUUAAUGAUCAAAGACCAUUUCAUCAUAGAGUAAAAGCUUUAGAAUUGCCAGAUCGUAUAGAAAAAGAUUCACGUAUUAAAGAAGAAACUGUCAGUAUUCAACAACCUACUAAAAUAAACAUUAGAUUAAGUGUUGAACCUCGACAUAGGCGACGAUGCCAAAAAGACACAAGGUCUGCAGUGAUAACUAAUCUGGACAGAACCUCAUCUCAUAUAACUAAUAGUGAAACAGGAAAACAUAAAAUCCAGGAAAACACAACUGUGAGAAAAAGUAUAUCUCAGAGUGCUAGUGAAGAAAUUAACAACUCCAGUCAACAAAGUCCAGAAAUUACCAGAACAUUUGUUGUUUUCAAAGAAACUGUUUCACCGAAGGAUUCUCGUAAGCUUGUUAUUUCAUCAACAAAACAAUCACCUAUGUACUGUCACAGUGAGAAAAUACGUAAUGCUCCAGAGUCAUACAAUAAAGAACUUGAUAUUGAAAACAUGUAUUCUAAAAAAGGUCAGGAUAUUUUUAAUUUUACAUCUGAUAUAAAAUUUAGAAAUUCCAACAAGGUUAUUGAAAGCAGAUUAGAUACUUCAACUUCAGACCCUAAUUUAAGUGUUGAGAAUCUGUUCAUGCAAGUCAAGGAUUUGGCAGGUAUCACACAUGAUCAAGAGUUUCAUAGAAACCAAUCUUUUGAAGAUUUUGCAGAGCACACAAAAAACAAGCCUCCUUUACCCCAUAGUCAUGAAAUCUCCUAUAAAAGUCCAGGUAGAACUAGAAAUGAAGGGAAUGGUGUGACCCUAUUGCCUCAGAGAAAAUUAUCUGGGCCUCGACCUUUGCCAACUCGACCUACCUUGCAUGAUAACAGCAGACCAAACCAGAAUGAAUUCAAUGAUGUAUCACAGUACAUCAAUUAUCCGAGCACAUCAAAUUUGCGAAGAAGACGUUCCAGAAAGGGAGAAGAAGCUUUUAAACAAAUGCAUGAACCAUCCCAUGUAAUUACCAGUGAUAGAGCAAAUGAGGACAAAAUUCCUGCUCAGUCUUUUGUAAAGCCCUGUAGAUCCAAUUCGGCUGCUCGACAACGAAGGCGGGAGAAACAUGGAAAGCAGAAGAGUGAAGAGAAACUACUUCCUAAUCUCAUGUCAGAUAGAAAACUGGGAUCAAUAUCUUCAAGAAAUAAUAUAUGCCCUUCUUCAGAAGAACAGGUUGAGGUUACCAGAAACAAGCAAAGCCUCAAAGUAGAAGAUAUCAGUUGUGUGAGUAGCUGUGCUGGAGAUGAAGAGAAAGGUGAUGAUCCUGAGAUGGCAGAUUUAAUGACGGCUCUCAAUACUAGUCUCCGAUUAUCAUCAUCUGCUCCUGAAAAAUUAAGCUCCAAGUUUCCAGCAUACGAAGAUGACUCAAGUAACAGAAUAAAUCUUGACCAAAGAAUUAAAAUUCUAACAGGGGAUUGUUUGAUGGGCUUAAGUGAAGAUCUUUUGAAAAAAGCUCUUCAGAUUCUUGGAAAUGGAGAUAAAAAUCACCCUCAGAGGAAACUAAAGAAGCUGCUUGGAGAAAAGUUAUUUACCUCAUAUGCAGGAAAACUCUGGCAACUGAAAUACUGUCAAGGACUUUAUUUAUCUUAUAAGGAAGAAAACUCUGGCAACUGAAAUACUGUUAGGGACUUUUUCAGUAACAAAAGUUGACUGCUCAAAAGAACUCCUAAACCUUGAAAAGAGACCUACUGUAUUUCCUGAAAUAUUAAAUGUGACAAAUUCAGUUUUUUAUAUUGGUUUAUUUAAAUCUUAUGCCUAACUAAACGUAUUUUUAAUUUUUAAAGUUUUCAUAAGUAAAAUUUAAUUAUAUUUGUAGUGUCAUUAUUGUAUUUAAUCCUUGGAAAUAAAGCAAAACUUGUCCAUUUAUCAUUCAAA